AUGCACUACGCCACCAUCCUCGUCGCCUUUGGCGCCCUGGCCUCGAUCCCCGCCGCCACCGGCGCCGAGCGCUCCUCCCUCGAGUCCCAGCUCGCCGACCCGACCAGCUCCUCGGCGUCGGCGGUCAGCUCGGUCGAGAGUGAGGCGGCGUCGGCGACGGAGUCGGCGACCGCGACGGGGAAUGUCGGUGCCGCGGGGGUGAGGGCUGGGAAGGGUGUGGGUGUGGGGAUGGUGGUGGGUGGUGUGGUGGUUUGGGUGGGUUUGUAA